AUGGCGUCAUUUAAUAUCACAGAUCAGAGGAAUAUGUCGACGCUAGAGACCUUUCUGGAGGACGGGCUCAGAUCAGAGCUGAUGCUCCAGCAGCAGCUCAGUUCCUUGCGUGAGGCCCUCAAACAGCAACUGCAGGAGACAGAGAAGAGACAGAGAGAGGAACUGGAGAGGAGGAUUCAUCACAAUACUCUCCUUUCAAAAGAUGUGUCGAGUGAUAACAAUGAACCCAUCCAUCAGACCAAGCCAACCAGAGCUCCACAGUGUGAACGUGCAGCUUUAUUUAAAUCAUCACAGCAGAGGAAAGAGGCUGAAGCUGAGGCAGAGUGCCAGAAGAAGUUCUGUGCUCUUCCCGUCCCCGACCAUGUCAGUCUGUCCCUCUAUCAGGAGAUGGUGGAGCUGAGAGAAAAAGAGAGGAAGCAAGGCCAUGAGCAGAGGAAACACUUCCUGCUCUCUGUACAGAAACCUUUCAGCUUCCAGGAGAGAGAGAAGGAGAAGAGGGAAAAGCUGAUAGCGAUGGUUAACGAAAUCUCACAGUCACAAGAUCAAAAACACAAGACUGCCUCUGCUGGGAAAUCUCCUCACAAAGGAGUGAAACACACAGACCAGGAACUUAGCAGCAAAGUCCACGUUCAGAGUCAGACCACACUACACGAGAAUCCCACUGCCACCGGGAGGCCGAGACUUCGCACCGCUGAGCGCUCCAAAAAGGAAAAGCUGGGAUUCUUGGACGAGAAGCCAAGCUUCCAGCCCAAAAUCAUCCAUCAGGUCCCUGACUUCAGCCGGCUGCACAAAGCCUUGCAGACAGAGGUGCUGAGAAAAACACAGAUUAAAGACAUGACCAAGUGUCAGCCCUUCCACCUGAGAACAUCGGCACUUCCUACAAGGCAAAGUAGGCUGAGCCUCGAAAGCUCAAAGGUGCCAAAUAUAAGUAAUCUUAGGAGAAGCAAGUCAUUUGGGGCUUUAACAUCACUUUCCACCGACACACUCCCGACAUACAUCACAGACGCUGCAAGAAAGCGCUGCAUGGCCAUCAGAAAGUCAAUGGAGAUGAGGGACACUAAGAAUCAAGAGAGCUCAGACUGGUUGAGAAAGUACCAACAGAGGUCUGAAGCCAUGAGGAAGACAGUUGCCCUCCAUGCAAAACUGCUGGACCCACACAACAGCUUGAAAGAAGUUUAUAAUGAAAAACUGCUACACCAUCGGGAGUCUGACCAAAAAAGGAUGAAAGAGUACAUGAAAGAGUUAUGGGACAUGAAGGCACGAGUCAGUGAACGCCCCUAUUUGUUCGAACAGGUGAAACAGAGAAAUGCAAAGGCUAAUGCAGAGAAGACGUACAGGAACAAGCUAAAGAAAGCCGGGAUACAAGAGAAAUUCGUUGAAGAAAAUGGAGAAGCAGAUGAAGGAGCCUCAACCUCAUCCAGAUCUGAAGAUGAUACAUAUGUGAAUGACCACAGCAGAGAAAAUGACAUCCAUAGCGGCUAUGCAGAGGAAGAAAAUGUAGACGACGGGGAGAAAAUUGAAGAUGUGGAAGAGAAGAGCGUGAAGUCCAAAGGGGAAGAAAUGCCAUGA